AUGCCGCCGUACACCAUUGUCUACUUCCCAGUUCGAGGGCGCUGUGAGGCCAUGCGCAUACUACUGGCUGACCAGGACCAGAGGAAGGAGGAGGUGGUGUCCAUAGAUACUUGGAUGAAAGGCUUGCUCAAGUCCACCUGUCUGUAUGCGCAGCUCCCCAAGUUUCAGGAUGGAGACCUUACCCUGUACCAAUCUAAUGCCAUCUUGAGGCACUUGGGCCGAUCCCUUGGGCUUUAUGGAAAAGAUCAGAAGGAGGCUGCCCUGGUGGAUAUGGUGAAUGAUGGGGUGGAAGACCUUCGCCUGAAAUACAUCACCCUCAUCUACACCAAAUAUGAAGGGAAGGAUGACUAUGUGAAGGCCCUGCCUGGACACCUGAAACCUUUCGAGACCCUGCUGUCCCAGAACCAAGGAGGCAAAGCCUUCAUCGUGGGUGACCAGAUCUCCUUCGCCGAUUACAACUUGCUAGAUCUGCUGCUGAUCCACCAAGUCCUGGCCCCUGGCUGCCUGGACAACUUCCCCCUGCUCAGUGGCUAUGUGGCGCGCCUCAGUGCCCGGCCCAAGAUCAAGGCCUUCCUGUCCUCCCCUGACCAUUUGAACCUUCCCAUUAAUGGCAACUGCAAGCAGUAA